AUGCAGCCAGAUAUUCCCUACCGACAAUCCCACCAACAGGCUCCAGAUGAGUGGAAGCUAGAGCAAGGACUCGAGCCCGCGCGUCUCGGCAUUCGCAACCAGAGCAGCAUCCAGAUCAACACAGAGCCUCAUCGUCUCAACCCAAAUGACCACGAAGAACUGAAGGGAUCUGAUAUCCCUGAGGACCCGGAUCUCGACGUUCAAGAUGAGCGGCCCGGUUGGAAAGGCUAUGUUGAGUGGGAAGACUACCCAGAGAAGAAAGCCAAGGCUCACCAGCGCUUUUCGCGCUUCACAUUUCCUCCUCCGCCUGAGUUCCAGUUAGAGCCUCUUCCAUCAACGAACCCCGUCCUUGAGGGCAAGAGAUGGAAGUUGUGGCAUAAAGCUAUCGGGGGGAUUCUAGAUCAGGUUCCCCGAAUCAGUUGGGAGACUGUUCUCAAGGAAAAACACCCGGAAAUGCUUCAUCUUCUCGAGUUUCCCUACAAUGGAGAAGCGCCCAAAAGCCUCCUUACCAGAGACUACAUCAUGCCAAACGAGCUCCAUUUCGUUCGGAACCAUGGCGGCAUCCCCGACAUCGAAGCAAGCGCCUACGACAUUCGUCUCGACGGGCUCGUCAACGACCCCAAGACCCUUACCCUUGCAGACUUGCAAGACGAAUCACUCUUUCCAAGAAUUAGCAAACUCGUGACUAUUCAGUGCAGCGGCACCCGGCGCUUCGAGCAAAUCGUCGAGUAUCCAGGCGAAGGUGACGAAAUGAUCAACGCUCCCUGGGCAGAAGGCGCUAUAGGUACAGCGAAGUGGACAGGCGUCAGUCUGAAGAAAGUCAUCAAGUACUGCGGCGGUCUUAAAGAUGGUGCCAAGCACCUUGAACUCUACGGCGCGGAUACGUAUUUCAAAGGAGGCCAGUGCAUGAACUACGUUGUGUCGGUGCCGUGGUCAAAGGUCAAGGCAAACGAGGUCAUGUUGGCUUGGGAGAUGAACGACAAGCCAUUGCCAAAGAUCCACGGGUUCCCUUUGCGGGCUGUUGUUUUUGGGUAUAUCGGGGCGAGGAGUUGUAAGUGGCUUUAUCGGAUCAAGGCGAUUGAGAAACCAAGCCUUGCGCCGGUACAGAGCAGGGAGUAUUUGUACUUUCAGCAACAAACUGGAAAGCAUAACCAACUGCCCACGAUGGGCAUUCAGAUCCAGGAGAUGCCUGUCAGCAGCGCCAUCAUGUCCCCUUGGAACAAAGAAGUUGUCGUCCACGAUGGCGAGAUCGAGGUCAAAGGUUGGGCAUACUCAGGCGGAGGCCGCUGGCCCGAACGCGUAGAAAUCUCCUCCGACGGCGGCUACGUAUGGUACGCCGUGCCCAUCGAGAAUCUCUCCCCCAAGCACAAAUUCGCCUGGCGUACCUUCACCGGGAAAGUCCCCUGCGACCACGAAGGUUGGACCGAACUCGUUGUUCGCUGUUGGGACAAUAGUCUGAACACCCAACCAAAGGAGUCAAACGAAACCCCGGUUUAUACCCUCGCUGAGGGCAAGCCCGUCGAGGACCCAACCCCAUCCGUCGUCCUUCGCGGACCAAAAGUUCGAGGGGGCGGUCUCGCAUUGUUGGCAGACACGCAAUUGAUCGAGACGCUUGCUCACUUUCCUCGAGAGCGUAUUCCUGAGCGUGUUGUUCACGCCAAAGCGGCUGGAGCAUGGGGCUACUUCGAGCGCACCCAUGAUAUCACAGACUGGUGUUCAGCAGCGCCUUUCCGUCGCAUCGGCAAACAGACCCAAGUCCUUGCCCGUCUGUCUACCGUCGCUGGUGAGAAGGGAUCUUCCGACACCCUCCGUGACAUCAGAGGCUUCGCCCUCAAGAUGAAGACCGAAGAAGGGAACUGGGAUUUUGUCGGGAACGACUUACCCGUCUUCUUUAUUCGCGACCCAGCAAAGUUCCCUUCGCUGAACAGAUCUCAUAAACGUCACCCGCAGACUGCUGUUGCUGAUGCAAGCAUGUUUUGGGACUUUCACAACAACAAUCAAGAAGGCGCUCACUGUCUGAUGCAACUAUUUGGGCCAUGCGGUGUACCACAGUCUCUCAAGAAUGUAAGCGGCUUUGGAAACCAUACAUUCAAAUUUGGCAAACCCGAAGAUGGAUCUUUCAAGUACGUCAAAAUCCACUUCAAGCCUGACGAUGGCAUCAAGAAUAUUUCACAAGAGAACGCCAUUCGUCUUGCAGGCGAAGAGCCAGAUUAUCACGUCAAGGAUAUGUACAACUCUAUUGAGAGAGGUGACUAUCCGACAUGGACCAUGUAUCUUCAGGACUACCCUCUUAUCCCUGUCGGAAAGCUUGUGUUGAACAAGAACCCAGAUAACCACUUCCAUGCUAUCGAGCAAGCAGCUUUCUCGCCUUCGACACUCAUUCCUGGUAUCGCUCCGUCAGCUGAUAUCAUGCUGCAUGCGAGAAUGUUUAGUUAUCCUGAUGCUGCACGGUAUCGCGUGGGCCCAAACUACCAGCAACUUCCAUGCAAUCGACCUCUUGACGCCUACUCACCAUAUCAGAGAGACGGAGCUAUGCGUCUUGAUGGAAACUAUAGUUCAGAUCCUGAUUAUGUUCGCUCCUCAUUCCGCAAGGUCAAAAGCGGUCCCGCCGACGUCGCGCACAGCGAAUGGCCUCGUAAUUUGUGGAAGAUUUUCAAGGAUAAUGAGGAAGAUGAAGUCUUUCUGAACAACCUGUCUGGUCACGUCAACAAAGCACUUCCCGAAGUCCAGGAAGCAACAGUUCGUAUGUGGGCUAAUGUUGAUGAAGAGAUAUCGAAGAGGCUCGGAGAGAAGUUGAAGAAUUUGACUGGGGAUUUUGACCAUUCCCAAGCACCGCCGAGUCAGACUGUGUUGGCGUCGAGGCGCAAGUGA